AUGGCUCCGCGAUCGCCCACAUACGAGCUACCGUCUGGCGCUCUUGAACAACACCCGCACAACUACUCCCCACUGAACUAUCUCUCACAUCAAAACUCCAAUGACAACAGCGGCAGGGCGGUCCAUUUCUCCGAUCAGCCCACCACCGCACCCGUCACACGGCAUUCUAUCGCGACCUCACACGUUCCACUAUUGCAGUCUGUGCCAUCAGCAAGCCAAAUGCCGCACUCUGCCGCUCGCUCCACACACCCGAUGCCCAACAUUGACCUCAAUGCCGCGAUCGAAUACCACAAGAAUACCGCCGAACAUCUCAGAAAGAUUCAUGACAACGACAGAAGAGCUUGGGAGAUAGAAAGGUCUGCUCUUCUGGCCCGGAUAGCCGAUUUGGAGUUCAGGUUGAAUAGAGCCAGAGAUCCCAAGCGAAGGUCGAGUAACGACCUUUCGCUCACCAGUGCUCAGUCCUUACGUGCCGAUGUUGUCCCGCCUCAGUUCUCCUUCAGCAAUAGCACCGGAGUCAGGAAAGGAUCGGAUUCUGUCUUGCCCUUUCACCCGCCAGUUUGGCAUGGCCCAGAGUCAACACCGCCAGUGACCCGAGUCUUCUCUCACGAUGACGAUGUCAGCCAUCUGCCCAGUAUCUCCGAGGAUGAUUCUCUACCUUUCUUAUCCAAACAAAUUUCUCCAAUCCAUAAAGAAGAGGCUCGUUCUAUACCGAUAGGACAAAUCGACAAAGAACUCGAUGGCAUCACGCUGAAAUCCACUGGCCCCGCGGUCACUUCAUCCUUUGUCAAAAUCCACUCUCCGCCAAUCGUCUCACCUGGCCGUUCUCCUUCUCCUGAACAAUCGACGAAUGGUGGUCUCCGGGUGGAUAUGCAAAGGCUAGUGUCGCCGUUGGACGAGAAGCUAAAGCGGCAUGCCGGCCACACCCCUAUGGCUUUUGACGGAACGCUAUCGACUGAACAGACCACGAAUACCGUUCCUUCACCGAGGCAGGAAGACCCUCCUGAUCCGGCGCCCACGACGCGCCCGUCUAUAAGGCCCUCAGAGAAUUCAGAUUCAUAUUUCUCGUUUGUGGGACAGCCUGGUAAGCUCGAUGUUCAGUCAGAUACCAUCGCCGAGGAAGCUGUUGAAGACGAGCCGCUAUUUGAGCCAGACGAGGAUCCUGCCUUGAAGGGGCCGUUGAUGCUGGAUCCAUCCGCCAAAUCACAGGCUGCAAAUGUCUUUCUGGAACAGGUCGAUGCUAAGCUGAAAGAAGCUGCUGCCUAUGAGGUAUCUGAUGCGGCAAACAGCGAGCCGUCGCCAGCAAAUGUAGAUGGUCAAGACGAAAAGCCGGAACAGAAACAAGACGACUUUCCUCACCUGAAAAUCAAGAAGAGUACCAAUUUUGGCAGUGCGUGGGGCGGCGAUAUGCCUGGUCACAUAUGA